CAUGAUGUGUAUGCCAUCUGCUGGAUAUAUUAAGAAAUUUCUUCAUAAUUGAAUAUGGAGUCGUGAUUAUUAUUUAUAUAAACAUUAAUAACCAAGUAUACAUAAAAUAUCAAUCGUGACUUUUACAAUCAGUAAUACUUAAAUGAUAAUGAAAUGCAAUCAAGAAAAUCUCUUGAAUUAACAUUAGCUAUACUUAAACCACAUGUUGUUAAAACCCCUUUCGUGCUUCAGAAAAUUCGUGAUUUGAUAAUCGAAAAUAAUUUCAAAGUUGUUAGAACGCGCAGAACCACAUUGACAUCCGAUGAAGCAGCAUUAUUUUAUUCAGAUCACAAAGAUAAGUUCUUUUACAAUCGUUUGUUAACUUUUAUGUGCAGUGGCCCAUCAGAUAUUCAUAUCUUAGCUGGCCAUGAUGCUAUUUUACGAUGGAGAAAAUUAAUGGGCCCUACUAAAACCUAUCAAGCGCAAUACAUAGAACCAAAUAGUAUUCGAGGUAUGUUCGGUCUCUCAGAUACUAGAAAUGCAACUCAUGGCUCGGAUUCUCCAGAAUCUGUGAAACGAGAAAUAUCAAUAUUUUUUAAUGACUUUGACAUUAAACGAUGGUACGAAAGAGAAGAAAUAUUUUAUCAUUUAGAUAAACUGCAAUUUGAUCCAAUAUCUUUUAUACAUAUUAUUGACAAAAGUUUCUUGGCUCCUACUAAAGGAUAAUAUGAAAAGAGAUAUGGAGAAUAGCUUCACUCGCAGUGUCUCCUGACGCUCGUGGUCCGGUAAGGGGACAUGACCUUCUGGACAGUCAGGGUGGAAUGCAGCUGCUUUAGCUUCUUCUUCUUUUUGUAGAGCUUCUUUUCGAUCCUUAAUAUAU